GGAGAGGCUGCGCGUCGCGGAUUCCCCAGUCCUGGGUAGAUGGCGCCGGCGGAGCGCUGCCCUGUUUGCCGCCAGACCUUCUUCUGCGGCCGCGGACACGUCUACAGUCGCAAGCACCAGCGGCAGCUGAAGGUGGCUUUGGAGCGGCUUCUGCCUCAGGUGGAGGCCGCCCGCAAGGCCGUCCGCGCCGCUCAGGUGGAGCGUUACGUGCCCGAGCACGAGCGGUGCUGCUGGUGCCUGUGCUGCGGCUGUGAGGUGAGGAAACACCUGAGCCACGGAAACCUGACCGUGCUGCAUGGGGGGCUGUUGGAGCAUCUGGCCAGUCCAGAGCACAAGAAAGCAACCAACAGAUUCUGGUGGGAGAACAAGGCUGAGUUCCAGAUGAAAGAGAAGUUUUUGAUCUCCCCCCAGGAUUAUGCACGAUUCAAGAAGUCCAUGGUGAAAAGUCUGGAUUCCUAUGAGGAAAAAGAGGAUGAAGUGAUUAAAGAGAUGGCAGCUCAGAUCCGUGAGGUGGAGCACAGCCGGCAGGAGGUGGUUCGGUCUGUCUUAGAGCCUCAGACAGUGCCAGACCCAGAAGAGGGCUCUUCGGCACCUGGAAGCUGGAAAGGGACAAACAGCCAAGUAGCCUCCACCUCACAGCAGCCCUCAUAUGUGGACCUGCCACCAGCCCCAGAGCUUGACUGGAUGGAGACAGGACAACCGCUGACAUUCAUUGGCCAUCAUCAGGAUACACCAGGAAUUGGUAACAUCCACUCAGGUGCCACACCUCCCUGGAUGGUCCAAGAUGAGGACUGUAGCUCUGGGAACCAACAAAUAGGACCCUCCUAUGAAGAGUUUCUCAAAGAAAGUAAGUUAACUAAUUCAGAAAUAGUGAUGGGUUCUUUAAGUCUUCCUACUCAAAUAAAACUUCUUAUUGUAGAGGAAAAACAGAAAUUGAAGAAACUCCCACCAGACAGAGUUGGGGCCAACUUUGAUCAUAACUCCAGCACCGGUGCAGGCUGGCUGCCCUCUUUUGGCCGGGUCUGGAAUAAUGGACGCCGCUGGCAAUCCAGGCAUCAAUUCAAAACUGAAGCCGCAGCAAGAAACAAACAGCAGUCACAUAAAAAGAAAAGUUAAUGGUUUCCUAAUACAUUUUCAACUACCAUAAUGCUCAAAGCCAAAUCAACAAGCCGAUACCUACAAUUAUCCUUUGUAACUGCCUUUCUUAGGAAACAGACAUGCCCAUUUAUUUGAUUUAAUAAAGUUUUAUUUUUCCAAAUAUA